CCCUGUCCUUGCUCCUAUCAUCUCUUCAACAAGCCAUCUCUCUUAGCUUUCUCUCUCUCUUGAUCUCCAACAGACACGAAACAUGGCAAUCUUUGGUGUGGGAAAUGUAGUUUUGAUUCUUAGUAUAUUGUGCAACGUUGUACCAAGUUUGGGUACAAAGUACACUGUCGGAGACACCUCAGGGUGGGCACUUAGCGGUGAUUAUGGAAGUUGGGCUAGUGGCAAGACUUUCAAAGUCGGUGAUUCUCUUGUGUUCAAUUAUCCAAGUGGACACACGGUGGAUGAAGUGAGUGGGAGCGACUACAAGUCAUGCAGUGGGGCGAAUUCCAUCAGCACAGACAGCAGCGGCGCCACCACCAUCCCUCUAAAGACCGCCGGGAAGCACUACUUCAUCUGCUCCGUCCCCGGCCAUUGCAGCGGCGGCAUGAAGUUGGAGGUCAACGUGGAAGCAGCGGGAUCAUCUGGCGGCGAUUCCACACCGCCAGCCUCCGGCGGCGGUUCUCCGUCGACGAAGACUGCUCCCAAGCAAGAUGUUCCGGCUCCGUCGUCGUCUUCCUUAGCGGCGGCUUCUUCGUUUCUGAGUUGGGUGGGUGUAAUGAUGAUUGUGUUCUUGGCUUUUUGAUCGUCAGGAUAGAGGCAGUGCUGUGUGUUUGUAAUGAUUAUAUGUUUUCUUUUCUAUUCAGUGAUUUAUCCAUUUUCAUAUCUCACCAUUUCAUCUCGAUCUGAUCUAUAAUUUGGAUGAGUCUUUCCAUCCCCUUGCAUGUAUGAUGAUCGAGUUUUUAUUUUAUCUAUUUUAAUUUG